AUUCUGUCGAACUGCUAGUGUUGGGUGCGCCAUCAAACUUGGAGUCGGAAGAAGAGAGAAGCGUCUGUGUACAAACGUUUACUCGGUAUACCGGACCACUGUCCCCGGCAUAUAAUAUUUUAUAUCGUGGUAAUCCAGCCACAUCUUGUCAUCAAAAUGACGUUCUCCAAGAAUAACAAAAUGCUCAAUCAUAUUGGGUAUAGAAUGAAAGUCACCAUGCAAGACAGCAGGACAUUCAUUGGCAACUUCAAAGCUUUUGAUAAGCACAUGAAUGUGAUUUUGGCUGACUGUGAAGAGUUCAGAUGCAUCAGGGGCAAGAAAAACAAAGAGGAGAAACAAGAAAAGAGGACCAUGGGAUUACUCUUACUUCGCGGUGAGACAAUUGUCACCAUGACUCUGGAAGGACCCCCACCAUCUGAUGAAGGACCACGUGUGAACUUGGGAUCUGGACCAGGUCCAGGAAUGGGCAGACCUGCUGGACGAGGAACUGGAGCCAAUUUGCAAGGGCCUGCUAGAGGUGUGGGAGGCCCAUCCUCACAAAUGAUGCAGCCUGCUGCUCGUGCAGGACCUCAGCUCAAUAUGCCUGGAAGAGGGGGUAUGCCUGGUAUGAUGGGUGGAGGAAUGCCACCACAAAUGGGUCGUGGUGGUCCAAUGGGUCCACCAAGUGGCCCAAUGAUGAGAGGUCCCCCAGGCGGCAGGCCAUAUUAGCGGAUUCUACAGGAAAUAGUACUGAAGAGACACUAGUAAACUGAUUAGUUUUAAGGAAGUAUUUUUAUGAUUUUAUUUUACUCAUGAAUAAAGGAUUUUAUGUUUA